GAUGUUUUUCCUGUAUGACGUCAAUGACAUUCAACUCGUCCAAUCAGCGUUCACUUUCCCACCACACAUCCGUGUUAGGGAAUUGUUUUGAUGGUGGACGUCAGAUUUCAUGGGGAAAACGUUGUUUAUUUUCUAAGCUUUCUCGGUCAUUUAUCUGACGGCAACGUCAACAAUAUAUGUUAUUUGUCAGUAGGGGUUGUUUUGCAGAGUUAUAGCCAGCUAACUCUAGCUAAUGCAUCUCACGGCAGGUAACGUUAGCUAGCUAAUGUUAACUGUCAGUCUACCUAGCUGGGUGAGUAGUUAGCCUAGCAUCGUUAGCAGCGACGCAGGCUAACAAAGCAGUCUUUAUUUUAAACGGCUAGCGAAUGUGUACGUUACUUUGUAGCUACCUAACUAGCACAGCUGUGGUCCUUCUCUACAGCGUAUUUAUAUACAGAUAGCUAGCUAACGUUAUUUACCACGGUUUCUUGCCUAGCUUUGCUAACUAGCCAGCAAAAUGGGUUAGGUUGUGGUGUUGACCAAACGAAGCUCAGUUAUUGAACGUGAUUUCUAAACUGCCAAUCAUAACCAGACACCCCAGUUGAACCAGAAAUUUCAAGCUACCAUAUGGUUUAUCCAGCUAAUAUUAUCUAGUUAGCAUUGCUGCAAUCCAAUCAGGGAUCUUCCAAUAACGUCAUGCCAUGGUGCUAAGAAGGUUACUGAGAAAACGUUGGGUGCUAGGUGUGGUGUUUGGACUGUCUUUGAUCUACUUCCUAACCAGCACCCUGAAACAGGAGGAGAGAACCAUACGGGAUCGCAACCUGUUGGAGGCCAGGGACCCGGAUCACCGGAUCCCAUGGAAAGUCAGGUUCAACCUGGGCAACAGUAGCAGGCAGAUCACUCAGUGCCGGAACUCCAUUCAGGGCAAAACGCUGCUCACAGAUGAACUGGGUUAUGUGUGUGACAGAAACGAUCUGCUGGUGAAUGGUUGCUGUAAUGUCAAUGCCCCCAGCUCAAGACAGUACAUUUGUAAAAGCUGUCUGGCCAAUGGCUGCUGCAACAUCUACGAGCACUGUGUGUCCUGCUGCCUCCAGCCUGAUAAGCAACCUCUUCUAGAGAGUUUCCUGAACAGAGCUGCAGAUGGCUUCCAGAACCUAUUCACAGCCGUGGAGGACCACUUUGAGCUGUGUUUAGCCAAGUGUCGGACUUCAUCGCAGAGUGUCCAACAUGAAAAUACCUACAGAAAUCCACAAGCAAAAUACUGUUAUGGAGAAAGUCCACCCGAACUCCUGCCUAUAUGAUUGUUUGGACCUACGAUACUGUAUAGAAACUAAUAAUGGUCCUCUGGGACCUACGAGACUGUAUAGAAACUAAUAACGGUCCUCUGGGACCUACGAGACUUAUAGAAACUAGUAACGGUCCUCUGGGACCUACAAGACUGUAUAGAAACUAAUAACGGUCCUCUGGGACCUACAAGACUGUAUAGAAACUAAUAACGGUCCUCUGGGACCUACGAGACUUAUAGAAACUAGUAACGGUCCUCUGGGACCUACAAGACUGUAUAGAAACUAAUAACGGUCCUCUGGGACCUACAAGACUGUAUAGAAACUAAUAACGGUCCUCUGGGACCUACAAGACUGUAUAGAAACUAAUAACGGUCCUCUGGGACCUACGAGACUGUAUUGAAACUAAUAACGGUUGUCUGGGACUUACGAGAAUGUAUAGAAACUAAUAAUGUUUGUCUGGGACUUACGAGACUAUAUAGAAACUAAUAAUGGUUGUCUGGGACUUACGAGACUGUAUUGAAACUAAUAACGGUUGUCUGGGACUUACGAGAAUGUAAAGAAAACUAAGAGUCCAACUAAGAGCCAAGAGACGCACCUUGAUACUCCGUGGGAAGACGGGAUUCCCCUUCAUCUUGUGUCGACAUAAUGGCCUUGAAAUGACACCAUACGGUGCUUAACAGAUGGGAGCUACCAAGAACACCAAACCUUGUAUAGAGGGGAUUUGACUGACAAUAACGGAUGCCAUGUUGAACCUUUUGAUAAAGUAAUGAGAGUAACAGUCUCUACAUAUGGCUCUGAAGAACACUAUCGUAACCUCACAACAAUGGACAAAUACUGUAUGUGAUAUAGCUAUAUUAUUUACACUUCAUAAGUGCAUAGCUUCAUAACUUCAUCAGUGAUGAUCAUCAGGGCUCAUUAGACCAGUUAGGAUUCACCUCAUGCUGCCAUUGUUCCACAUUAUGGUCAUGUUCAUUAGGGCACGCAACAGAAAAUGUUUAAAAAUGUUUGAGUCUCACAUGUUUUAGUCUGUUCGGUGCAAAAUGAACACGACCCAUGUUAUAAAGGUCUGUAUUUAAUGCCUGACGAUAUACUGAAGGUUGUUAUUGGUUGUUUAGUCCUUAUUGUUGAAUAUAAAAACAAACUAAAGAAUGUCUACUUUUGUGUGUAGUCGUGCAUGGAUAUUGACUGACUGGUUAUUUAAUAAAGUGACUGUGAAAGUUA